GACCUAUGAUCAGGACCCUGUGCUGGUAUGCUGUCACUCCAACCAACUGAUCCGAGAGCGUAACGACGAGCCCGUUUCGUUUGAUCUCUUACUGGAUCUUAAAGUAACGUUAGCGUGUGUUUUUAGGAAAAUACAGGGAUAUUUUUCUGGUCUCUCGGGAGGAUGAACUGGAAUUCCACUGUUUGGCUCUCUCCACCUUGGAGUUGAUUUCUCUUCACAUCUUGAUCAUGUCUCCAGUCUACUCGCCCCCCAAAUACACCAAUGGAUCCACCCUCAUAAGCCCAUACAGUUCCUAUGACCCCUGCGAUCCCACCCUGGGAUAUAUUGUCCGAGGUCAACCCCAGCUUUCCAGGUAUGCUCCUUCCACCUCCCGCUACCUGAACCCCAACCCUUGCCUCGCCCGAGGCGUCCCGUUCUUUGCUCAGGAGCCUGAACGUGGGAAAGCCGUACCCCAUUCUGAGUCCCACAUUGGCCGCCGGAGUGAAAGCUACAGUAGGAUGCAGGUUAAAGGUCCGAUUCCUAGAAUUAAUUGGCAAAGGGGCCGUUCGCCUUCUAGGACUGGACAUAUCUGCACAUCUCCCCUAUCAAGGCAACGCAGGUCGGUCAGUCAGUCAGACCUGAUGCGGGAGCUCGCCACUCUGGAGAUCUGUGACCAAGGAGCAGUGUACACAGUCAAAGAGAGCACGAUUAGGGGACGGACAGAUUACUCAGGGCCUCUCUACUGGAGAUCAGAGAACUCAAAGAAUGCUCAGGGUCUGGUGGGCCUCAGGAAUCUAGGAAAUACUUGUUUCAUGAACUCCGUACUGCAAUGUCUAAGCAACACUCAUGACCUGAGGGACUACUGUCUGCGUAACUCGCACCGCACUGACCUUAACAACAACUGCAGGGUCAAAGCUGCUCUAAUGGAGGAGUUUGCUAAGCUCACUCAGACUCUUUGGACAUCUGCUAGCAGUGAGGCCAUCAGCCCUUCUGACUUCAAAAUGCAGAUCCAGAAAUACGCCCCUCGAUUCGUUGGUUACAAUCAGCAGGAUGCUCAGGAGUUCUUGCGGUUUCUCCUGGAUGGUCUCCAUAACGAAGUAAACAGAGUGAUAGUGAAACCCAGAACCAGCAUGGAGGACUUUGAUCACCUCUCGUACGUAGAUACACCAAGCAGGGAUGACGAGAAAGGCAAGAGAAUGUGGAACAAGUACCUGGAGAGUGAGGACAGCAAAGUAGUCGAUCUGUUUGUUGGUCAGCUGAAAAGCUCAUUGACGUGCAGCGAGUGUGGCUUCUGCUCAACUGUGUUUGAUCCGUUCUGGGAUCUGUCCUUGCCUAUCACUAAGACUUCAGGAGAAGUGAGUUUGAGCGAUUGUCUUCGACUUUUCACCAAGGAGGAUGUGCUAGAUGGAAAUGAGAGACCAACAUGCCACAGAUGUAAAUCCAGAAGAAAAUGCACCAAAAAAUUUACCAUUCAGAAAUUUCCCAAAAUCUUGGUGCUUCAUCUGAAGCGUUUCUCUGAGUGUCGUGUGAGAACCAGCAAACUCUCCACCUUUGUAAAUUUCCCCCUCAAAGAGCUGGACCUCAGGGAAUUUGCCUCUGAUAACAGUGUAAAUGCAAUCUAUAAUCUUUAUGCUGUGUCCAAUCACACUGGUACAUCUUUGGGUGGCCAUUAUACCGCAUAUUGCCGCAGUCCCUGUACAGGAGAAUGGUACACGUACAAUGACUCCAGGGUGAGCCCCAUGUCAUCCAGCCAGGUGCGCAGCAGCGAUGCAUAUGUGCUGUUCUAUGAAUUGGCGACAUCUUCACGCAUGUGAUUAUGAAACGGACAAGUCUUGGAUAAAAUAAAUCCCUUUGCUGCUGUUGAACUACACAUUGGUCAAGGUCUACAUGCUUGGAGGACUAUGGGACUCUAUCCCAGGCCUAUUAACCAAGGCCAAAGACACACUGGAAUUAAAUUAUGGUCGUGGCUUGUGAAGUGGAGUGAAGCCUGGGAUGAGUUUUAUUCCAAGCUCAGAUUGAGCUUCACCAUAAGGGCUCCUCCAUCCAUCACUCCCCUCGAAAGAGGCUGUGCUGCUCUGGAGAUGGAUUUAACAAACUGAAAUGGACAAAGACAGACAGAGAAACAUGAACUACUACCUCUCUUGAAUGAGCAGGACUGUGUGUGUGUGUGUGUGUGUGUGUGUGUGUGCGUGUGAUUUUGUGUGUGUACGUGUCAGUCUGCAGACUGAUACUUAAGGACUCUAUGCACUGUGUAACUGGAGUCGUCCGGGUCUAUAAGCAGUCACCACGACUCAAACAAUCCCCAUCUUUAAUUUAAUUUAUUAACAUGAGAUCAAUGUUUUACUUAGUUUCAUUCUCAUUUUUACUCAUUUAAACAAGAGGUCAUCUUGCUGAGGAACCAUGAAGGUCAACAGUGUAAAUGAUGCUUGGAUUGUUCAAUGGAUUGUUUACUAGUUUGAGCAAAUAUGUUUCUUCAAGCUAUGUCUCUGCUUUGCCUGAUUUGCUUAUUUUCAACAAAAUAUGCACAUUGGAAGGGCUUAGUUUUACACUAAAGCAUGACCUCAUCAUUACAGAGAAGAUUGUAUGACUGCCCUCUGGUGGCCGGAAGAGAGAAAAACCUUGGACCCUUUUCAUUGACGGUGAUGAGACAUUUCCACACUUCAAUCACAAAUGAUUGAAUCAUACAUUUUUUAUAUUUUCAUUUUUUUUUAUUAACGUAAAUGUAUAACACUAUACUUUGUGCUAUAUUACCUUGGCAUUGGUUUACAGAAAACUGGUUAAUGCUGUUGUGUUUUUUUAAUACAACAAUCGAUGGAGUAGCUAAUGGCAAAAUUUUGAAUCUUUUGGAAGGUCAUAGAAAUGUUAUCAUGGAUUUUUCUUUUGCUAGUGGAGCAAAUGGGAACGUAAAAAAAAAUAUUGUAUUUUACGUUCACCACUAAAGAAGUUUACCCAACUAUGAUGCCUUUCGCUUCUUGGAACCCCGGAAAUGUGAAAAGGGUCCAUGGAAAUUCAUCUCCAGAAGAAUUAUUCCCUCUUUAGGCAUUUGCAGACUCAAUGUUUUCCUCCAGGGGCAAUACCAGAUUUGAAAGAGGCCUUAAUAUGUUUGUCAGGGACUAAAAUAUUCUGUUUAAUUUGAGAGUGAGUCUUGGAGGAGGACACCAGGAGGGCGUAUGUAUGUGUAUAUGUGUGUGUGCUGUGCGCCUUUAUGUAUUAUUUCUUUAUUUAUGAAGUGAACGUUGUGAAUGUAGCUUAUUAUUGUGCUUGAACCAGACAAUGUUUUUCUUUUCUACCGAGAGAUUUUAAAUGAGUGGUAAUAUUGUGUCUGAAAUGUGACUGUAGAGUAACUCAUAUCAAGAGCUCUUUGCUUUUCAAAAGAAGUAAAUAUGAAUAAAAACAGAUGUCUACAUGA